AUGGACGCUGCUGCUGAGACCGCUAUCAAGCACGCCAAGGUGACCAAGAUCCUCGGCCGCACUGGCUCGCGCGGUGGUGUGACCCAGGUCCGCGUCGAGUUCCUCGACGACAACACCCGGUCCAUCGUCCGGAACGUCAAGGGCCCCGUCCAGGAGGGUGACGUCCUUGCCCUGCUCGAGUCGGAGCGUGAGGCCCGCCGGAUCUUCUUCCCUAGAGACAUCCGGCUGUGGGAUCAGUGCAACGUAGAAGCGUUUCUGGACUUGCAUGGCGCCACGCGGUUUGUUCCUGCCCUCUUGGCUGCGGGCUUUACAGACGGCCCCGCCUUGGCUACCUUGGAUCUACACACGCUCGAAGGCGCAGGUGUGAACGAUCCGCGUGCACGGAUCGCUUUGCUGCGGGCGGUGUACGUGGCGGCCGGCAUGCAUGAUCAGGUUCUUGUGCUGGAUGAGGUGCUCGCACAGUCAGGGCUGGCCCUCGACUGCAAGGCUGGCGAAGUGACGCUGAUUCGAACAGCAGACGGGCGGGUGAAACGGCGGCGCCGCCGCCGCAAGCGAGCGUCGCCCGGGUGCGAGCCCAAGCACGACGUACCGCAGCAACCGCGCCGCCUUGGGCCCAAAGCGCUCGCCCGCGCCAUCGCUCCGCCCAACUCGGAUCAGGCGCUGCAGUAUCUGCUCUCGCCGUUUGAGUAUGCCCAGUUUCUCGAGUGGCGUGCCGGUGGUAUGCAGAGCGGGAGUGGCGGAAGCGGCUUGCCCGGGGGCGAAGGCGGCGUAUCUUUGGACGGCGCUGCAAGAGGUGGCGGGAGUCAUCAGGGAACUGGCACCGGCGGAAACGGUGGGAGCGGCGAGAGCGGCGGGAGUGGCGGGAGUGGAGGUAAUGGCAACGUCGAUGCGGACGAGCUCGACGAGUUUCGCCGUUGGAAGGCGGGUCGAGAGACGGGCGAGGGCAGCGCGGCGCCGCAGAGCGCGCGGAGGGCGGCAGUGCGGGGUGGCAUGGCUGGGACCAGCGCUGAGAGCAGCGCCAAGAUACACGCCAAGACUGAGGUCAAGAGCCACAAGUCGGGCGGGGCGGUGGGCGAGGCCAAGAGCAGCAGUGCGCCGGCUGGCGGCGCACCAGCUGUCGGCGCAUCAGCUGGAGCGAGCCCGCCGCCGCCACCGCCGCCUGGAGGAGCGCCGCCGCCGCCGCCGCCACCGCCGCCUGGCGGAGGCCCACCUCCACCGCCGCCGCCGCCUGGAGCGCCUGGGGCGCUUCGCAGCGCCAAGAAGAACGUCAAGCCCAAGUCGAAGAUGCGCGAGAUUUACUGGGCAAAGCUGCCGACCAAGGCGAUUGCAAACACGGUGUGGUCCGAGCUCGACGACGAGCAAGUGAAGCUGGACGUGGACGAUUUGGAGGCGUACUUUAAGGUCCUUCCCCCCGGCGCCAAAAAGGCUGCGCCAGAGGCCAUCGGGAGCGGACCGAAGAAGGUGUCUGUCAUCGGCAAGCAGCGGGCAACCAAUGUGGGGAUCAUGCUGGCACGGUUGAAGCUCAAGCCGUCUGCGCUCAAGGCCAUGUUGCUGAGCGGCGAUGACGCGGCGCUGACAGGCAACAACUUGCAAGAGCUGGGCAAGCUCAUGCCGAGUGCGGAAGAGCGCGAGGUGCUGUCGAUGUACGACGGGCCAAAGAAAGCGCUCGAGUCGUCCAACUUGUUCAUGCUCGAAAUGAUGUCGAUCCCGCGGUUUGACGAGCGAAUCCAGGUUGCGGUGGCGCGACGUGAGGUGGCGCCGCUUUGCGCCGACGUGCGCGAACAGCUGGAACUGCUGGGCGCCGGCGUGGGUGUUCUCCGCGACUCGGACUCGUUCCGGCGUGUGCUGGAGAUUCUGCUGGCAAUCGGCAACUACUGCAACGGCGGGACGGCGCGCGGUGGAGUGUACGGCUUCAAGCUCCACUCGCUGACCAAGAUCGUGGACGUGCGGUCGACGCGCGAUCGGACGACGCUCAUGGACUACCUGGUGCACUACCUGGAGGAGCACCACGCCGAGUGGCUGGCACUGGGCCAGGAUCUUGCGGCGGUGGUGCCCGCAGCCAAGGUCUCUGUCUCGUACGUGCGGUCGCAAAUGGAGUCAAUCCGGCGGCAGCUGGCGCUCGUGCAGGAUGAGAUUGACCAGGCCGAGGCGGCGAGCGGCGACGAGGCCGAAGCGCCCGAGUACGUGACCUUGCUCCGCGAGUUUAUCCACGAUGCAAACACGCGGUUCUCGACUGUGGUGGCGCUUGCUGACGCCACGCUUGCCGACUACGAGGCCGUCGUCAAGUUUUUCGGCGAGAACCCGCGGACGACCAAGUCGGUCGACUUUCUGGGCUCGGUCGCGUCAUUUGUAGCAGCGUUCUCGGCGUCUGCGGCGCGGCUGGCGGCGAAGCGGGCGCGCGAGGCGUCGCGGCUGGAGCGAACCAAGUCUGUCCACGACACUAUGGCACUGCGGGAGAUGGCGCUGCGAGCACAGCGCUCGUCGUCGUCCAACGUGCUUGGCGACGGGGCGGGACCAUCGACGGCGACGCCAGCAGACGGAGGCGUGUAAAGAAGGGAGGGAGGCC